AUGAGCUCAUUGGACUGGAUCAAAUGUCUUGAUCUGGAAAAGCGGAUCGGUAUGACAAGCGAUAAGCAUUUUCGAGCUGUGGCCAUCAAGCCCUCCAUCUCGUCUCCUAUGCUCGAUGCUAGAGACAUUAUCGUCUCUUCAGACCGUGCCUUGGAUGAGAAUGCGCCCACUGUAGUCAUCUUCACCAGUGGGACUACUGGAGCGCCCAAGGGGGCGGUAAUGAGAAGGGCUUUCAUCUUUGACUGCGCGCUAGAAGUAGCGGAUCAUUACCAGCUAGAUCAAGACGACGUCGUCCUUCACGUCCUUCCAGUGCAUCAUGCGACUGGUGUGGGUAUCAAUUUCUUCCCCUCCCUCGUAUCCGGUAGUCGUAUCGAGUUCCGCAGUGGAGGCUUUGAUGAAAAACAAAUGUGGGAACGGUGGAAGCAAGGUGCUACGGAUCCUCGAAAACGGCUUACUAUCUUCUCCGGCGUACCCACAAUAUACAUGAGAAUGAGACGAUAUUAUCAAAACAAAUUACGCAAGCUACCUGCAGAUGAGAUAGCGAAGUAUGUUGCAGGCGCAAGACAGUUCCGGGCUUGCUUGUGCGGAACGUCAGCACUACCCCAACCACUUAACGACUUCUGGAAGAGCAUAAUGCAAAAACCGAUCUUACAGCGGUACGGAGCGACGGAGUUUGGAGCUAUCUUCAAGAUGCGUCUUGGCGAUAACGACGUUCCGGAAGGCUCUGUAGGCGAAAUCGCCAGUGGUGUUGACGUGAGACUGUCCGAAGGGGACGAGGGGGAGGUGCUUGUGAAGAGUCCGCACAUGUUUUCAAAGUACCUACGUGAUCCCGAAGGAACUGCGAGGGCUCAUGACCCAGAUGGCUACUUCCGAAGCGGCGAUAUUGCACGAAGAGACGGUAAAUACUACUAUAUUAUCGGGCGAGCCUCUCUAGACAUCAUCAAGUCGGGCGGAUAUAAGAUAUCUGCGCUGGAUGUCGAGCGCGAGCUGCUAAGCCUGCCAUACGUCGCAGAAGCCAUGGUGGUCGGCGUGCCAGAUGAGGAGUACGGGCAACGCGUCGCUGCAUUGAUCUCGCUACAGGAAGGGGAGAUGCCUACCGGCCUACUGAGAAUGAAUAGUGGAGCGAAACACGUCUUGACCAUCGACGCUCUGCGUCGAGAUCUACGCGAAAGAUUAGCCGGAUACAAGCUGCCUACACUUCUGAGAAUUGCGGAUGGCGAGCUGCCGAAGACAGCCACAGGCAAAGUGCAGAAGAAGAUCCUCGGGCCUCGCUACUUCCCUGCUGAUCAUCACGAGCUUCAGAAAGUACAGAAAUGGGUCGCGCGUUCCACCUUGGCGAAGCUGUGA